UGCGUAUGAGGUGGGAAACAGCGCUUGGGAUAGGGCUUGGGGCAGUGGGAGCUAUUGUGGUGGUGGCUAUUGUUUGCAUCAUCUAUCAUCGCAGGAACAAAAAAUACAAUGCGACAUCGUCUUGGAUAUCUCAAUACACUUCUCAUACAUCUUCAAUGAAUGAUAUUGAAAAGGAAGCAAGCUACUAUGGAGUCCAAACUUUCAGCUAUAAUGAACUCCAAAAAGCCACCAACAAUUUUGAUUCCAAGAAAGAAGUAGGAGAUGGAGGAUUUGGCACUGUAUACCAAGGCAAACUUCGAGACGGGCGUGUAGUUGCAGUGAAGCGAUUAUACGAACACAAUUUCAAAAGAGUGGAACAAUUCAUGAACGAAAUAGAGAUCCUCACCCGCCUCCGCCACCCAAACCUCGUCUCUCUCUACGGCUUCACCUCCCGCCACUGCCGCGAGCUCCUCCUCGUCUAUGAAUACAUCCCCAAUGGCACUGUUGCCGAUCACCUCCACGGCGACCGCGCAAAGCCCGGUUCCCUCUCUUGGACUACAAGAAUGAGCAUUGCAUUCGAAACUGCUAGCGCAUUGGCUUACCUCCAUGCUUCUGACGUCAUUCACCGCGAUGUCAAAACUAACAACAUCUUGCUCGACAAUAGUUUUUGCGUUAAAGUUGCUGAUUUUGGGCUUUCUCGUCUUUUCCCAACUGAUGUGACCCAUGUGUCCACGGCCCCACAAGGUACUCCGGGUUAUGUGGAUCCCGAGUACCAUGAAUGCUACCAACUUACUAAUAAGAGUGACGUUUAUAGUUUUGGAGUUGUUUUGAUCGAGCUUAUAUCGUCUAAGCCAGCUGUGGACAUUACACGGCAUCGCCAUGAAAUUAAUUUGUCUAAUAUGGCGAUUAAUAAGAUUCAAAAUCAUGAACUUCAUGAGCUUGUUGACCCGUGUCUUGGGUUUAACUCGGAUUAUAAGGUGACAGAGAUGAUCAAGGUGGUUGCUGAGCUGGCGUUUCAAUGUUUGCAAAAUGAGAGCGAUAUGAGGCCAUCGAUGAAAGAAGUGUUGGAGGUUUUGAAGGAAAUCAGCAGUGUGGGUUAUGAUAGGAAGGUUGCUGACGAGAUGGACAUACCAGCAGAUGAUGUUGUGUUGUUGAAGAGUGAUCCACCAACCCUUUCGCCUAAUUCUUUGAGGCAAAAUUGGGUUAGCAGGGGAAGUACCAUAUCUAAUGCUAGUAGUAGCUAAGUUAAUGUAUCAUUUUAAUGCAGUCAAGAUCCAUUUUAUAGUAAAUUUUGGGUGAUAAUGCCAUCUUAUUUCCAUCAUGAAUAUGAAAGUUACUAUGAAUUAUAUUAAUGCCUUUGUAUAUAGUGAUUAAAUCAUUCAUUGUAUAAGUCGAUUGAAUAUUUUUUUUUAGUUC